CACUGUCAUCAACAGCGCAGGUCAAAGGCUUGCUAAUAUUUGUCAACACAAAACAGGGUUAUUCAGAUUAUCGAUAUCGGCUGCUUGUUACAAAAAUAAGAAUAUUUUGGAUCUCAAUAAGUGAAUUGGAGAAACAAAGAUGAAUAAAACCAUGCGAUCGACCAUAUUGUUGAGAAAAUAUUGCACCGUUACACCAAAAAGUACUAGUCAAAACUUUUUUGAAGAAAUGAAGAAAAAUUUUAUUGCCACUAACACUUUUCAAAAAACUCUUUUAACAUGCGGAUCAGCUGCUAUUGCCCUUUUAAAUCCACAUCGCGGUGACAUGAUCGCAUGUUUGGGCGAGGUAACUGGAGAAAGCGCGAUAAAGUACAUGAAGAGCAAGAUGAUAGAAACUCAGGAAGGGGCUGAUAUACUAAGAGAGAAGCCGCGUAUCAAUACUUCUACAGUCUGUUUUAAAACACUGUCUCAAAUGCCGGAAAACACUCUAGGCCGUGUUUAUGCAGACUUCAUGAAAGAAAACAAUAUAACAGCUGAUUCGCGGUUGCCGGUCCAAUUUAUAGAAGACCCAGAACUCGCUUAUGUAAUGCAAAGAUACAGAGAAGUACAUGAUUUAGUUCACGCCACUUUAUUUAUGAGUACCAACAUGUUAGGAGAGGUCACAGUAAAAUGGGUUGAAGGUAUUCAAACAAGGUUACCAAUGUGCAUUAGUGGAGGGAUCUGGGGUGCUGGUAGGCUAAAGCCAAAACAUCGUGAAAUGUACUUGAAGUAUUAUCUGCCUUGGGCCAUUACCACAGGAAACAAUGCAAAGUUCAUGCAAGGAAUUUAUUACGAAAAAAGAUGGGAUCAAGAUAUAGACGACUUCCACAAGGAAAUGAACAUUGUGAGAUUAGUAAAGAAGUAAAAAUAAUAAAUUACCUUAUUUGUAAAUAAAUUGUUAUAAUAGUUUUAGAAUGGAAAGUGGUUUAUAGUCAAUUUUUUUGUUGAAACAAGUAAAACGCUGUUUAAAUUC